GAUAUAUAUAACAAAAAUAUUUUAUAAGCCAUUUUUUCAUUUGCUUUUAUUUUCGCUCGUCUCUUCAUUUUUGAGUUCAAAUGUUGAGAAGCCACUUGAAAGCCAAAAUAGUAUCGCGAAAGUGAAAUUAAGCAUAAAAUUUUACACGUUCAUAUCAAAGAAACAGCAAAUGUAUCGAAAGAAUCUCUAAAAAGAGAGAAAAAAAAUUCAAUUUUUUUUGUUCGUCGAUAUUUUUUUGGUCUGGUGUAUAUGUGUGUGUCGUUAAUAAAAGCAAUAAAUAGUAAAUACUGGCUGGUUGCAUGAAAUGAGACAAAUCGAGCUAAAGUUGUUGUUCCCAAAGUAUAUUGUGGUGCACAUUUUAAAUUAGAUACGAUUUUACUCAAUCAUAAAUUUAGCAUCAACCAACGUGUGGUUGUGUGCAUAUAAAUAGCAUUUGUGUGUGUGCGUGUCAACAGAGACGAACGUACGGAGAAAAAAAAACUCAAAUUGAGAGAAGAAUAAAAAUGUUAAAUAUAUACAGCAAAUUUACACACAUUCGGACCCAAAACGAAAAAAUAUGCGAGUGAAUAAAAGUAUAAAUGGUUUGAUUUUGGCAAAGCGAACACUGGAAUUGGAACAAAUCAUAGGCAUUGAAACAUACAAAAACAAUUGACGAAUAAAAGAGAGAGAGAAAAACAAUACGCGCCUAUGCCUACAUAACUACAUCGUAUAAAGCAAAGUGAAAUUGAGAUUGUGUACGAUUGGAAUUCAUUAUCGAAAAUGGUUUAUGUCAUCAUCUGAUUGUUUUAAUUUGGAGGUUCGUGGAAAAGUCAAGACAAGAUAAAAUAAAAAAUAGAGAAGAAAAAAGAGUAAUAAUACACACAGAACUAAGGCGCACACGAAGAGUUUAAUGUGAAACGUUAAAUGGGACUCGAAACGAAAUCAAAUAAUGAGGCAAAAACGUUUGAACAAUUUGCAGUCCACUGGUUAUUAAUGUGAAACUACUCAAAAGCAAAGCACAUAUAUCGACAUAUAUAUACAUACAAAUUAGCAAUAAUAUACGAUUACUACGCAGUCCAAAGGAAGCACACAGUGAAUCGAAUCAACUGAGAGAAUCGAGCAAAGUGUGAGAGAGUAAGAGACAUAUUGAGCCAGUGUGAAUUUUCGUAGUGCGAAUGGUCGAGUUUCGGUAGUGUUAAAGGUCAUUUUCAAUAUCAUAAAUUCUAAUUAUUUUUGUGCAUUUCGUUUGACCAUUCGUACGAAAAUCGAAUAUUCUAAAUGGUAAUACGACGAAACGCUUACCGUGCGACAUCGAUGUAAAGAGUAAACAAAAGCAUCAGGUGCCCAGAAAUUGGCGAGACAAAGACGACGCAUAUGCAAGCGAACAAAGAACGAAAAAGAGACCAAAGUAAACGAAAUAUUGUGAAAAGGGAGAGAGAAACGUGCAACAACGACGGCGACGAAACAUUUAGAACUUGCAACACAUUCACUGCAUGGGAAUAGGUGGAGCGACGAAGUUGACAGUAACAAAUCAAAACAAACCCCAAUUCACAAGUUCAUAUAUAUCGUAAAGACAUCUUAUCCAGUUCAACUGAGCUUAUUUCAAUGGACGCAACGUCUAUUAUAACGCAGAUUUCUCGUGAAGAAGAGCAAUUGAAUGCAAAUUCAACCGACAAAGAGGAUUUCAUCGAAAUAGACAUUUUGAAACGGCCAGAUCGUGGUUUCAUCCGAUCGAUAUUCUGUUGUUGGCGCCGAAAUGUAUCAAAGUCAAGCCAAAGUGGGACGCCAAUCGAUGGCACAACAACACCACCGCCAUUGCAGCGACCACAAAAACAUUUACUGCCACAAGUGCGACAUUCGGACACACACAAGAAGUGCAUGGUCAUCGAUUUGGAUGAAACAUUAGUACAUAGCAGCUUCAAACCAAUUGCAAAUGCCGACUUCAUUGUGCCUGUUGAAAUCGAUGGCACCGUUCAUCAGGUAUAUGUAUUGAAGCGGCCACAUGUCGAUACUUUCCUUCAGAAAAUGGGUGAACUGUAUGAAUGCGUGCUGUUCACAGCAUCGUUGGCGACGUACGCUGAUCCCGUAGCCGAUUUAUUGGACAAGUGUAGCGUAUUUCGAGCGCGACUGUUUCGGGAGUCGUGCGUUUAUCAUCGCGGAAAUUAUGUCAAAGAUUUAAAUAAGCUGGGACGUGAUUUACAAAAGAUUGUUAUCGUCGACAAUUCACCAGCCAGUUAUAUAUUUCAUCCAGACAAUGCCGUUCCCGUGAAAUCUUGGUUCGACGAUGUCACCGACUCCGAACUCCUUGAUUUGAUACCACUAUUUGAGAAGCUUAGCAAAGUUGAUUCAGUGUACAGCGUUUUAUGUAAUUCCAACAAUCACUUGAAGCCUGCCACGCAGCAACAGCAGCAACAACAACAACAACAACAACAACAACAACAACCGCAACAAAAUCAGCAACCACAGCAGCUGCAGCAGCUGAAACAGAUCGAAAAUUCGCGUAAUUCAACGGAUGAAGAGCAUUCGUAGCGAUUGGAAUAUCAUUUCAUCAAAAAAUUUUAAAUGUCUGUAAAUAAAUGUCUAAUUGAUAGUAAUUACGAUUUUUACAUUGAUGUCGGAAAACUUAUUAACUGAUAACAAUCGUGCGUUUAUUUGUUUUGUUUGUAGUUUUUUGUUUUUGAAGGCGUAAAAAUUGAAACGAAAUCCGUAAUAAUUAUCCGCAUAAUAUUGAAAUUACAAUAAAAAAAAUCAUCAAUGGAAAAAAGGAUCAAUUUGAAACAUAUACCUAUAAUGAUUUAAUUUACCUCUAGAUAGAGCUGUACACAAUUAUUUUUCUCCAUUUGGGAUAACUUCUUUAUAUACAUGAAAUCAUUUUGAAAAAAAAAACACUCACACACACAGUUAAUUAUUUGUAUUAAAGUUCGUAUUGAUCGUCAAAUUUCAAUCGCAAACGAUCCUUAUUCCGUUUCAAUUUCGAUAACACUUCCCACAAGAAAAAAAACACAUCCAAAAAAAGAUAUACAAAAAUGUGUAUGGAAAACAUAGUAAAACCGAAAAUAUUUAUCAAGCAAAAAAAA